AUGUCAUCAGACAAGUCAACAACAUCUUCAACAAACAUCAAACAAUAUCGACCAGUUACAAAGCCAACGUAUAUUUAUUGGAACACACAAAUCGAAUUAGAUUGGCCUUCAGUGAUGAGAUUAACCUUUCAUUUGCCUGGAGAGCAAAAUAUCAUCUUUAAAGACGAUGAUGAUCUUGAGAAAAUUGUGGAAGAAGAGGAAAAAAAUGUACGAUGUGAUAUUUAUUAUAUGAAAAUUUUGUUAGCUGUUCAGAGAGGUUGCACAACAUAUGAGUCUAUUAGGACAAUUAAUGGAAUUACAUAUUCUAGCUUCCAAGAUGCUUGCUAUUCCAUGGGACUACUGUGCGAUGAUAGAGAAUUCAUUACAGCUAUUAAUGAGGUAGCUGAACUUGCAUCUGGUCAUCAUUUGAGAAAAUUAUUUGCGAUGCUACUGAUAUCUAAUAGCAUUAGCAACCCAGAGCGUGUUUGGAAUGCAACUUGGACAUUAUUAGCUGCAGAGUUCCUAAAUGACAUCAAAUGUUCAGGACUACCCAAUCACAAGUUGACUUUGAAGUCAGGAGUCGCUGUAAUACUACUGCGAAACAUAGACCAGACUUCAGGUUUAUGCAACGGGACAAGAUUAAUAGUUAAUGAACUUGGCAGCAACGUAAUUGGAGUGACGGUAGUGACCGGUAAAAAUAUUGGAGAUAAAGUGUACAUUCCAAGAAUGAACUUGAUCUCUUCAAAUUCAGGGUUCCCAUUUAAGUUUCAACGGAGACAAUUUCCAUUAACAGUAUGCUUUGCAAUAACCAUUAACAAGAGUCAGGGUCAAUCAUUAUCACAUGUAGGACUUUACUUGCCAAAAUCAGUGUUCACCCAUGGACAACUUUAUGUUGCUUUGUCAAGAGUUAAGAGUCGCAGUGGCCUCAGGGUUUUAAUUCUAGACGAAGACAGCAAUCUAAAGUCAUCAACAACAAAUGCCAUGUUC